UGGAUUCCACCAGCAGUCGUGUCGUGAAGUGGUGUUUUGAUUUUACUGCGAGUUUCGUGCAUUUUUGGUUUAAAUUUCAAGUAAAUUUAUUUAUUAUAAAAGUAGUGAACAUAAUUAAAUCAAGUUUUGAAUAAACAAUUUUUGUAAUCAAUCAAUCUGUUGACGUUUUCAUCACACUAGUUACUGAUAAGCCGAAUUGAUUAGUAUCAAUUAAUGCAUUAGAAAGAGUUGGCAAGUUGGGACAAAUCGAUUAGAGCUGGCGACUUUCCAACGUUCUGAACUGAUUUACGCCUAGCGGGGCGACGUGUCCUGAAUUGAGCUCCAGUCGUCCAGCUGGCAAAGAACAUCAUGCUCAAAUAUUUGCUUUGUGCGUGUCUUCUUGUGGCAACCACAGCCUCCGAAAAGGAAUGGAAAGGCAACUGGUUCCCGGGACCACCGGAAAACUCCACCGCCAGCACAUCGACCAGCACGUCCGGCGCGGAACCGGCCACCGACAAGCAUGGGCGCGUUCAGAUGGGCGUUGAGAACCCCGACUGCGACGAUGCCCAGCGCAAUCUGGCGAUAGAUUUCGAUCCGAAUGAUAUCCGGUACGCGACGGUGUCCAUGUGUCUGGACAAUCGGCACGAGUACCGUGGGGACUACAACAUGGAACCGCUGAUCACGCUGAGCAACGUGCCGGACGCGUACGUGGCCCUUCAUCGCUGCAUGGACCAACCGAUCGAGUACGAGGAGCGGAUUCCGACCUUUGGAACGCACCGUCCCCUUUGGCCACGAUACGGCGAGUACGAGUUUGUCCCGCCACAACGGUGGCUCCACAACAGCGAACACGGUGCCGUAAUCGCGCUCUACCAUCCCUGUGCCAACAAGCAGCAGAUCGACGAGUUUCGGCAAAUCGUCAAAUCGUGCCUCUACCGUCACGUAAUCACCCCAUCGGAUCUACCCUCGCGGGACCGUCCCUUUGCGCUGGUCACCUGGCACGCAAAGCUGGAAUUUUCCGUACUGGAGCGAACUGUCGUUGAGGACUUUAUCCGCGCGUACAGUUUGAAGGGACCGGAACAAACCUCACGCGAUGGACAGUACGAUCAUCUGCUGGUGGAACCGGCCGCCGUCGUGUCCACCCGCGACGAUGAGGUGCUCUGUCCGAAGCAUAAGCGGCGGGAUUAGGGGAGCCAACGUUGCCAUUUGAUUUUGAUUUUGAAAGUCGUCGUCAUCCAGUGAUAAUUCAAGUGAAUCUUGGUUUUAGCAAAUCAUACACAAAUUUAUAAAUCUAUACACCGUACUAAUAUUGUAUACAACACAAAAUUUGUCAGAUUUCACAUCGUGCUACAACGGAGAACACAGUUCACGAGUAAAUAUUAGAAAUCUGCUUUAUGAAUUUUAAUAAAAUGUGAUUUAUAUCGGAAUAUACCACAAA